ACUGCCUAGUCUAAAGAUAGGCGUGCUGAUCAUGGGCCUCUUCUGGGUCUACGAUGUCUUCAUGACCUUCAUCACACCCCUCUUCACGCACAACGGCGAAUCGGUAAUGGUUGCCGUGGCAACGGGGUCGGGUGGAGAGCAGAUCCCAUUGGUGUUCAAGGUCAUGGAGCCAAACCAGUCGCUGGUGGAGCUUGCCUGUGGUUUGGGCCACGCCUAUGGAAUGCUCGGCUUUGGGGAUGUUUGCAUACCUGGAGUGUUCAUCUGCUAUCUGCUGUCUGUAGAUAG